AACUUGUAAUAAUAAUCAAAAUUCAAGAAGAUACCCCUUCACUUCACUUUUCAAACGGCAAAAACAAAAUACACUGUUUCUCUUUUCGCUCAGAAAGUUUUCAGAGUUCUUCGUUUUUUAUCUUUCUUCUUCUUUCAGAUUUCACAUUUCAGAAGCCAAUGGAAUUGAACGAUCAAAGCACUCAAAUUCAAAUCCUCGCUGAAAAGUUUCACCGUUUUGUUCUCGAUUGCGAACUCAAGCAAUCCCCAAACGCUCGCCCUUCAGAUGAUAAUAACGAAGCAAAGAAAAUAAAUGAAAACACCGAUUCCAUGGAUGAAAACAGUAUAUCCAAUGGAGGAAUCCAUGAGAAUUCUCCAGAUCCGGGUCACACCCUUCCGAUUUUGAAGAAAAUCCUUGAUCUCAGUACCAAAAUUCAGGAUUUGAAGAAGCAACACGUUGCCUUAUCUGAUCAUGUGAAACUCACAACUGAUUCUUUUCCUAGCCUUGAUGUUUUGAACUCUAUUCAGCUUCUAGGUUCUGAAUACGAACUCUUGAAAAAAAAGUACCUCCAGGAAUCCUCUGAGCGCAGACGGCUUUACAAUGAAGUUAUUGAACUCAAGGGUAAUAUUAGGGUUUUCUGCAGAUGCAGGCCUUUAAGUGAAAGUGAAACUGCAAAUGGGUUUGCAUCUGUUGUCAAUUUUGAAUCAUCUUCUGAAAAUGAGCUUCAAGUCGUUUGCUCAGAUUCUUCCAAGAAGCAGUUUAAAUUUGAUCAUGUAUUUAGGCCUGGAGAUAACCAAGAGGCUGUUUUUUCUCAAACUAAACCUAUUGCUACUUCAGUAUUGGAUGGUUUUAAUGUCUGCAUAUUUGCCUACGGGCAAACUGGAACCGGUAAAACAUUUACAAUGGAGGGAACGCCGGAAGAGAGAGGAGUUAACUAUAGAACGCUGGAAGAAUUAUUUAGGAUAUCUGAAGAGAGAAAGGGUGUAAUGAAGUAUGAGUUGCAUGUUAGCAUGUUGGAGGUUUAUAAUGAGAAGAUAAGAGAUCUUCUAGUGGAAAAUUCUGCCCAACCUACUAAGAAAUUGGAGAUAAAGCAAGCUGCAGAAGGAACACAAGAAGUCCCAGGACUUGUUGAAGCUUGUGUUCAUGGAACAGAAGAUGUGUGGGAAUUGCUCAAGACUGGAAACAGAGUCAGAUCUGUUGGAUCCACAUCUGCUAAUGAGCUUAGCAGCCGUUCUCAUUGCUUGUUGCGAGUAACUGUGAUCGGGGAGAGUUUAAUCAAUGGCCAGAAAACAAGGAGUCACCUUUGGCUAGUAGACUUAGCAGGUAGUGAGCGUGUGGGAAAAACUGAAGCUGAGGGAGAAAGACUGAAGGAAUCUCAAUUCAUAAACAAGUCUCUUUCGGCACUUGGUGAUGUUAUUUCUGCCCUUGCUUCCAAAGCAUCCCACAUCCCUUACAGGAACUCAAAGCUCACUCAUAUACUGCAGAGCUCUUUAGGUGGAGAUUGUAAAACGUUAAUGUUUGUCCAGGUAAGUCCAAGUUCAGCGGACUUAGGAGAGACACUUUGUUCAUUGAAUUUUGCCUCCCGUGUCCGUGGAAUUGAGAGUGGCCCAGCUCGCAAACAAGUAGACCUCAGUGAGCUGUUUAAGUACAAGCAAAUGGCAGAAAAGGUCAAACAAGAAGAGAAGGAAACAAAGAAAUUGCAGGAUAGCCUGCAAACCUUGCAACUUAGACUAUCUGCGAAAGAGUAUCAUUGUAAAAGCCUUCAGGAAAAGGUACGGGACCUUGAGAACCAAAUAGCAGAAGAAAGAAAAACUAGACUAAAGCAAGAAAGUAGAUCUCUUGCUGCUGUUUCAGCUCAACCUCCAACGUUUAAACACACAGCAGCUCAAAAAACCAUGGCAGAUAAGAAGCCACCACUGAAUCCUUCGAAACUGAGAAUGCCCCUUAGAAGGAUAACCAAUAACUUGCCUCCCCAAUCUCCUAUAACAUCAAAGAGAUACACACAUCAAAUGAAUGGUAAGGAAAAUUCUGCUAGAAGGAGUUCAAUGACAACAAACAUAGAAGGCUUUGCAAGACCAAGAAGUAGGGUAUCCAUUGCCAUGAGACCACCUGUACAAGUACAGUCAACUGCGCAGCUCCUUCAGCCAAGGAGGAGAGUCUCCAUUGCUACAUUGCGACCUGAUCCAACAUCUGAAAUGACAACUCCACUCCGUACUUCAGUGAUGAGGAACCAAAGAAGGGGCCGGUAUUCAAAUUUGUUUGCUCCAUUGCCAGAGAUGAGAACAACUUCAAUUGAAACAACUCCAAAUUCUAUCAGGAGCAGCAGCAAGUUUAUGGGCAGUCCAGUACAUGCACAGGCAGGUGGUUCACGGAUGGGUAGACACCCGACUGCUGUUGCGCUGCAACGAAGAUCUUUUAUCUGGAGUCCUCUCAAGCUGAGAGAAAUGAAAAACAGCCGAAAGUCAUUACUCUUGCCAUCUAAAUUGCAAUAGGACCUUCCUUGUUUUCUCAAUGCGUACAUAUAUUUUGUUCAAUUCACAUUCAAUUAAGUCUAUAGAUACUUGAUUAUGAAGUUUAAUCUCUUGUUAUGAUUGUUGGUUCAAUUUCUGAAUCUGUCACAUCUUAUUAUUUCACUAUUUCAACAUCUGAAUUGCAUUUA